AUUUGAAUAUUCCUUAUGUUUAUCUCAUUUCAGUUGUGCAAGCCAAACGAACCGGGUGUGUUCAUCGGGAAAAUCUUACCUAACAACCCAAGCCGGGCCUUCCUGGGAUACGUCGACAAGGGAGCCUCGGAGAAGAAGAUCGUGCGGGACAUUUUCAAGAAGGGUGAUGCAGCCUUCCUGUCGGGUGAUCUGCUCGUUGCCGACGAGCGAGGAAACCUGUACUUCAAGGAUCGUACCGGAGAUACCUUCCGGUGGAAGGGGGAAAACGUGUCUACGAGCGAAGUAGAGGCCGAGGUUAGCAACGCCGCCGGCUAUCGGGAUACCGUGGUCUACGGCGUGGAGAUCCCGAACAUGGAAGGACGCGCCGGAAUGGCAGCUAUUUUGGAUCCGGAAAGUCAAGUUGAUCUGACAAAACUAGCCGACACGCUGAAAGAAACUCUUCCGUCCUAUGCUCGGCCAAUGUUUGUACGAUUGCUGAACAAGGUGGACAUGACCGGAACCUACAAGCUGAAAAAGUUGGACCUACAGAAGGAAGCGUUCGAUCCGAACGUCAUCGAAGACAGUUUAUUCUACCUGACACCAAAGGGCCAGUACGAAAAACUCUCGAAGGAAGUUUUCGAACAAAUCAAACGAGGAGAAAUUAGGUUCUAAGACUGUGCUGCUCUGAGCCACCAGAAGGCUUCAUGAAAUUCCUUUUCCUUUCACGAACUUACGCACGCAUCAAAGUUUUCCAAGACAAACAAACUUGUGACACCCAUCGAAUGAUCUUCUUUAUAGGUUUUCUCUCUUCUUCCAUACUUCCUUCUAAGAACGACCUACUUUCAGUUUUGUGUUUUCCCUUUUUCAUCAUAAAAACUGUGAUAUCGAGUGAAAGUGAAGAUCAAGCUUCCCCAGCAAAAAAAAACUGUACAUGUUUUGUUCCAGAGUCCAAUCCGAGCAAAAAAAAAAAGAUUGAUCGAGUGACAGCAUGAUUGGAACGAAACUUACUCAAAACCGUACUUAGAGACAGACGUUAAAGAAAGUUAUAAUGUAAAAAUAAGCGACAAAAGUUGGUUGAUGGAUUAGUUUUGUACUUUUUUUUUGUUUUUAGAAAGUGAACGUUUAGCAAACACAAUGACAACUGUAAAACAUUUCUCCUACUGUACUAGGCUAUAAUAGAUUUAUAACAACAAUAGUCAAGACUUGCUUCGAUCUAUAAGUUAUCAACAGAAGCAAACAAAUCCCACGGACAACAGAAACAGAAAGAAAAUCAAUAAUGUCUGACAAAUUUUCGAUGAUAUUUUUUCUAUUCUUUCUCUACAACCGAUCGAAACACAAUUCAAUUAUUUUUAAGCGAGAUAGGCGGGGCAUUUAAGCAACGAGUUUUAGUAUCAUCACUGAGAAUGAUGAUUAGACUUCUAUGUAUACUGACUACUAGAGUUAUACUGUGAAAUAAAGUGGUUUUGUAUGUUAGUUA